CUUAUCAACCAAUCAAUUACAUUUGUAAAAAUAGAACGAAAAAAGCCCGGACAACACCGAUGAGCGCACAUGGGGAACUUCUGAGGGUCAUCUUAUAAGCCAAGAGAAUGUUUGUGUUAUAUAGAUGGAUGCCGGGUAGAAUACUCUACCACAUUUCAAGUGCGGCAUCAACUUCAGAUAUGUUGUUACCUGGUCAAAGUUCCAGAAGGGAUUUGAUGUCUCCGGUCAGUCUGUGUUGCUGCAAUCAUAGGAAAUACUUACCUCGUGUGGUUAACCACAAACUUCAAUUUUCAAAAAAAUAUGCCAAUUCAGCUCCCAAAUAUUGGAAUGGGAUGAAGACAGAUGAAAAAAUUGAAAAUGCCAAAAAAAUGCAUGAUAAAAUCAAAUCAUCUCUACCUGAAAAGACACUUGUAGUAUAUACAGAUGGUUCUAUGUUAGACUCCAAACGAAGAGUGGGGCCAUGUGGAGCUGGAGCAGUCAUUUAUGAAAAUGAUGAAACUAUAGCUAAGCUGUCUGUCCCUGUGUCACCGCAGGCCCCCAAUGACCUAGCUGAAUACACUGCAAUCAAGAUAGCAUUGUCAAACAUAAUCAAAAAUUUCAAUUUUUUACAACUGGAAAAAAUUCAAAUAUUCUGUGAUAACCAACAUGUCAUAAAAGGGUGUUUAAAUGAUACAAAGGAAGCUGAACAUGCAGAUAUUGUUGCUAGUAUAAGACAGAAGAUGGAUGUGAUUAUAUCUGAAGGUGUAGAAAUAGCUAUAGACUGGGUGCCGUCAAACAGUGGAGUGGAUGGGAAUGACCUUGCUGACAAGUUAGCAAAACGAGCAGCUAUCAUGGCGUCCACGUUGCCAUUGGAGUCCACACUCAUUACAGAAAGGGAUGUGCAGCGAUCAAUGGAACAGUUUAAAUCUGUGACAGGAUCUAAAGGGCGCAAUAGGGACUACAGUCAAAACGUGAUGCUAGCCAUCUUGAUGAAGAACAAAGACCAGAAGAGGAUGACAGGAGCUAACAGCAGCAGCAGCCAAGGAAAUCAAAGCCCACCUGACAGUGAAUCUGGUCCUGUGGUUAAUAUGAAUAAUCGUCGAGUGUUGUUCACAGGCAUGUAUCAGGACGACCUCCAUCGAUUGGUGUCUAAAGCUACGAUGCAUGGUUGCACUGUAGACAAGAAAUUGUCCAGUGUCACUGACUUUGUUGUUCAUGGUUUGUGUGACACUACUGACAAGGAAGAAGUACAGCAGCUUGCUUAUAAAAUAGGUGUACAAUGUGUUAGCGGUGAUGAUUGGGAAAAGGCACUGAGCAAAUGUCCGAAGCUUGGGCUACCAUCUUAUUCUGAGGACAAUCACAAACACACCAAGUUGAAAAAGAAACGUCCAUGUCACUCUGGCAGCAAAGAUGGAAACAACAGGAAGGACAAGAAAGGCAAAAAUAGUGUUCAGAAAAAGAAAAGAUAAGGGUUGGAUUAUCAAGGUUAUUAUGUUGGAUGAGCAGAUUUUUGACCCUUGCUUCUAGAGGAACAAUUUCAAGGCCUUUCAAAUUAUGGAUGAAAUAAUCGUCGGCACUUUCCGUAAACGAGAAUCAGAAAAUGCCGACAGCUCCCGAUUGCGAAUGAGUGUGAUGUACAAACUAUGUACCCAUUGAGAUUAACAUUUUAUCUCUGGCCUCUAGAGUUUGUCGUUCAAUCGAUGAAGCAUUUAAGUUGGACUAUAGUUUACAGAUUUAUUGAGUUGGAUGUUCAGUCCAUGGACCAAUUGUGUAGGACGAUAGUACAUACGUUGGAUUUGAUCAACAAUCUUUGGACUACGACAUGGUGGAUGAACAUUUCAGAAAAUACUUGUCAGCCAUAUUUAUUCAAAACUCUUGUAACAGAAUUAAGCUAUAAAUAGUGCUACCCUGGAAAUGAUGACAAGCAUGCCUUAUUGUAUUUUGACUGAUGUAUAUGAAUCAGUUGCCAAUAAAUGUAUUUUACUGUU